AUGCCUGCAGCAGUCAAGGUAUCCCUGGAGGGCUUCAAAGUCGAGACUGAGGAACUGGAGAAAGCUAUUUCCGGAUGGGAAAAACAUGGACCAGACCACCUGGUGCCUGCUUUCCUUAGUAAAGUACCACAAGAAGUACUGAAGAAAUUCCCACAUACCAAGAGAGUGGGGAGUUACUUGGUGGGUAAAAUGAUCAACAAGGGCUCGUUUGCCAAAGUUAUGGAAGGACUGCACGCCGGCACAGGAGAGAAGGUAGCAAUUAAAGUCAUUGACAAGAAGAAGGCCAAGCAGGACUCGUAUGUUUUAAAAAAUAUGAAGAGGGAGCCCCGUAUUCAGCAGAUGAUUCAACACCCUCACAUUGUCCAGCUUUAUGAAACAAUGGAAACUGAGAACUCAUAUUAUAUGGUGAUGGAGCUUUGCCUCGGAGGAGACCUUAUGGAACGCAUUUGUGAAAAGCAAAAACUAGAGGAGAGAGAGGUUAGGAAAUACACACGACAGAUCAUGUCUGCUGUAGACCAUCUACAUCGCCAUGGCAUUGUGCACAGGGACCUGAAAAUUGAAAAUUUUCUUCUGGAUGAAUACAAUAACAUAAAAAUUGUUGAUUUUGGCCUCAGCAAUACACUGAAACCAGAGUCCUUGUCACCAGAGCUGCUAAACACACAGUGUGGAAGUCCUGCAUAUGCUGCGCCAGAACUGCUAGCCCGUAUGAAAUAUGGCCCGAAGGUGGAUGUGUGGUCAAUAGGGGUGAGCAUGUUCGCCAUGUUGACAGGAACUUUACCUUUCACUGUGGAACCUUUUAAUGUUAAACAUCUGCUUCAGAAGAUGACGAAUGGUGACAUCAAUCCAAUCCCUGCAGAUAUUAGCAAAGGUGCAGCUCAGUUUAUGAUGUCUUUACUUGAACCUGACCCCACAAAACGACCAAACAUUAAAGAAGCUAUGGAAGCAAAGUGGAUAAAUGAAGGCUAUAUUAAAAGGCCUCUUAAUUCUCUUUCUUACAAAAACAGGCUACGUCCAGAUGAGCUCAAUCCAAUAGUUUUAAAUUGCAUGACUGAAAAUAUGGGCUUCAACCUUGCUGAUGUCGUCAAAGACUUAGUUAACAACCGACCAUCUGCAAUAAUGGCCAAUUAUUGCUUACUUUGCAAAAAACUAGCCAAGCACCAGAAAAAAGAGAAGUCACAGAAGAAACAAAUUGACUGGAACCUGCCAUCCAAAAUUUUGUGGAAUGAACCCACAGAGAAGAGAAACGCUGCCAAAAAAAUUCAGAAAGAACCUGCCACUGAAACAACGGUACAACAAGCUAACAAUCAUAUUCAGAACCAUCAGCUGGAUUUUGACUCUCAGAAUGGAAAAGAAAGAACUGAAAAGAAGGCACCCUGCCUUUCACCCCUACCUGUCAUGGCUGAUGUGAUAAUAGAGGAUGAUAUUGCCAUUAUGGUAGAAAAUAAAGAAAGUUGCUCUGUAGAAGCGAGCAAGUGUGCUAAUCAAGAACAAGAACAUCACACAACUCCACAAUGCUCUCCGAGAGACAUUUCAAAUACUUUUCAAAGCAGUCCAGUUGGAAAUGUACUCAGCAAAGGUGAAACAACUAAAAACUCACCAGAUCCUAACCAACCACCAAGACAAUUGGAUCAAAAAACCAAAGAUUCUGAUGUUGUUCCUAGGGACCAAGCAUACUGUGAAGAUGCCAAACAAAAUUCAAUUUCCAAUAAAUUGAACAUAGAAAAAGAAACACCACCACUUUUGCUGGAAAUUAAAAAUUACUGUAGAAGUCCAGUACUUUAUCAAAAUAGACGAUUUAAAGAUUUUCUACAAUCAGUGGAUAGCAAAGAUCUGUGCCCCACUUUGUGUUGUCAAGAAAAAGGACGACAGCUUGUCUGUUUUCAUUCCUCAGGGUCUUCCCCCUUGCCCAGGCUGAGAGCGAAUGGACUUCAAGAAAAUAUGUCAAGAAGGAUCACAUGGUUUGGCACAGCAAGGCAUAGAACCCAUGACACACCACUGUUUCAAGUAAAUGGAUCAAAGCCUGCAUUAUUACCUUCUUCUCGACAGCCUAUGAUCACUGUCAAAAGGUUACCUCUAUCCAAAGAGAAAACACGCAUUGCAGUGAACAACCCCCUAGCCAAGAGGAACUCCGUGCAAAUCAGACAGGUGCAAAAAACUGCAAACCUGAAUCUGCCAGUGCUGUCGCCACCAUUUCAAUCCAGGUCUGACAAGAAAGCAGAAGUUUUAAAAAUGGACUAUGGCUAAUGCAAAUUCUUGAAGGGAGACUUUAUGACAAGCUUGUAAAAGUGCACUACUUGCUAAUUACAUCCAUCAACUGCUUUAUAUAUGUUCAGGGUCUU